AUGGAGAGUAGUGAUGCAUAUCGAAUUAGUAGUUUUCGUGGUAACAAUUUUUCAAUUUGGAGAAACAGUGUAGUUGAUGAUGUCUUCUCGAAAUCUUCUCUAGAAGAAGAUGAUGAAGAAGCUCUGAAAUGGGCUGCUCUAGAGAGAUUACCAACUUAUAAUCGGCUCAGGAAAGGUGUAUUGGCUGGCACAGAAGGUGACACCAAGGAAAUUGACAUUAAGAGUCUUGGUUUAUCAGAGAGGAAGAUUUUGUUAGAAAGGCUGCUUAAAGUUGCAGAGAAGGACAAUGAGAGUUUCUUGUUGAAGCUCAAGAACCGCCUUGAUCGAGUUGGAAUUGAUGUACCCACAAUUGAAGUCCGAUUCGAGCAUGUAAAUGUAGAUGCAGAAGCUUAUGUGGGAAGUAGAGCUUUACCUACAAUACUCAAUUUCUCUGCUAAUAUAUUAGAGGGGUUCUUGAGCUAUCUUCAUAUUCUCCCAAGCAGAAAGAAGCCACUCUCAAUCCUUCAUGAUGUCAGUGGAAUAAUCAAGCCUGGCAGAAUGACAUUGCUUUUAGGCCCUCCAAGCUCUGGAAAAACCACUUUCCUGAUGUCUUUAGCAGGAAUGCUUGAUCGAGAUCUAAAAUUCUCUGGGAGAAUAACUUACAAUGGCCAUGGAAUGGAUGAAUUUGUCCCACAAAGGACAGCGGCUUAUAUCAGUCAACAAGAUCUCCACAUAGGGGAAAUGACUGUGAGAGAAACCUUGGCUUUUUCUGCAAGAUGCCAAGGGGUGGGAGCCCGAUAUGAGAUGUUGGCAGAGUUGCUGAGAAGAGAAAAGGAGGCAAACAUUAAGCCAGAUGCCGACCUUGAUAUUUACAUGAAGGCAGCAGCAUUAGAUGGACAAGAGGUCAGUGUGGUCACAGAUUAUGUUCUAAAGAUCUUGGGGCUCGAGGUUUGUGCUGAUACCUUGGUGGGAGAUCAAAUGCUUAGAGGGAUCUCCGGAGGACAAAGAAAGCGUGUCACGACAGGGGAAAUGUUGGUUGGACCAGCAAGAGCACUUUUCAUGGAUGAGAUAUCAACCGGUUUGGACACUUCGACAACCUUCCAGAUUGUGAAUUCAAUUAGGCAAUGCAUCCACAUUCUAAAUGGGACUGCAGUGAUCUCUCUCCUCCAGCCAGCACCAGAGGUUUACGAUCUAUUUGAUGACAUUAUUCUCCUAUCAGAUGGGCAGAUUGUUUACCAGGGUCCUCGUGAACAUGUGCUUGAGUUCUUCGAAUUUAUGGGAUUCAAAUGUCCUGAAAGGAAGGGAGUAGCUGAUUUCUUGCAAGAAGUGACAUCAAGGAAAGAUCAAAAACAGUACUGGACAGAUAAAAACAAACCAUACAGAUUCAUCCCUGUCAAGGAAUUCUCUGAGGCGUUCCAGUCAUUCCACAUGGGCCAGAAGCUAGGAGAUGAACUUGAAACCCCAUUUGAUAAGAACAAGAGUCACCCUGCUGCCUUAGUUACCAAAAAAUAUGGUGUCAGCAAGAAGGAACUGUUGAAAGCCUGCAUAUCAAGAGAAAUAUUACUGAUGAAGAGAAACUCUUUUGUCUACAUUUUCAAGAUGACACAGGUGGGUAAUUGGUUUCAUCAACAUUUGAUUAAAAAUUUUUUAGUCAUGUCAAAAAUUAAAUGGUUUGCAUUUUUAUUUCAGAUUACUGUUAUGGCAUCCAUUUCAAUGACCAUCUUCUUGCGUACUGAGAUGAAACGAGAUUCAGUAACUGAUGGCGGGAUUUUUUUGGGUGCUUUGUUCUUUACUCUCAACUUUCUUAUGUUUAAUGGCCUCACAGAGCUUGCCAUGACUGUAAUGAGGCUUCCUGUAUUUUACAAGCAAAGAGACUUCUUUUUUUAUCCUUCUUGGGCGUACUUAUUGCCCUCAUGGAUUGUAAAGAUCCCACUCACACUAGUUGAAGUUGCCAUUUGGGUGUUCAUGACUUACUAUGUCAUUGGCCUUGACCCAAGCAUUGCAAGGUUUUUCAAACAGUACUUUCUACUUGUAUGCCUUAAACAGAUGGGAUCUGGAUUGUUCAGAUUCGUUGGAUCAGUGGGGAGGAACAUGAUUGUUGCAAACACAUUUGGGACCUUUGCAUUCCUCAUACUCAUGGGUCUUGGUGGAUUUAUCUUGUCAAGAGACAAUAUAAAAAUAUGGUGGAAAUGGGGCUACUGGAUCUCUCCAUUGAUGUAUGGGCAAAAUGCAUUAGUUGUGAAUGAGUUCCUUGGGAAAAGUUGGAAACAUUUUCAAUCCAAUUCUACACAGACAUUAGGAGCGGCGGUCCUAAAAUCUCGUGGGUUUUUCACUGAAGCUUAUUGGUAUUGGAUCGGAGUAGGGGCAUUGAUUGGUUAUACUUUCCUAUUCAAUGGUCUUUCAAUUUUGGCUCUGUCUUAUCUCAAUCCAUUUGGGAAGCCUCAAGCAGUUCUAUCUGAGGAGAGCUUGAACGACAAGCAUGCUAACAGAACUGGAGAAUCCAUCAAGCUAUCAUCCAAGGAAAAGAGCUCAGUAGAAUGUGGAGAUGAAAUUGAAAUAAGCAUGUCGUCUGACACUUCAUCUGCGAGGAUAGCAGCAAGUGAUGCCAAUAUGAGCAGGACACGGGGAAUGAUUCUUCCAUUUGAACCACUUUCCCUUACCUUUGAUGAAAUUAGAUACUCCAUAGACAUGCCUCAGGAAAUGAAAGCAAAAGGUAUUACAGAAGACCGGUUGGAGCUUCUCAAGGGAGUCAGUGGAGCUUUUAGGCCAGGAGUUCUUACAGCUCUAAUGGGUGUCAGUGGUGCUGGUAAGACCACUUUGAUGGAUGUUUUGGCUGGAAGGAAAACUGGAGGCUAUAUCAAGGGAAACAUAAAAAUAUCUGGCUACCCAAAGAAACAGGAAACAUUCGCUCGUGUAUCAGGAUACUGUGAACAGAAUGACAUCCACUCUCCUAAUGUUACGGUCUAUGAGUCAUUGCUCUAUUCCGCUUGGCUUCGGUUACCCCAUGAAGUCAAUUCUGCCACUAGAAAGAUGUUCAUUGAGGAGGUCAUGGAGCUCGUAGAACUGACGACAUUGAGGCAAGCAAUGGUUGGGCUGCCAGGUGUAAAUGGUCUCUCAACAGAGCAGCGCAAGAGGCUAACCAUCGCAGUUGAACUUGUUGCCAACCCUUCAAUUGUAUUCAUGGAUGAACCAACCUCUGGCCUAGAUGCAAGGGCAGCAGCUAUAGUGAUGAGAACAGUAAGAAACAUCGUGGACACUGGACGAACAGUUGUGUGCACCAUCCAUCAGCCAAGUAUUGACAUAUUUGAUGCAUUUGAUGAGCUAUUAUUACUGAAACAAGGAGGAGAAGAAAUAUAUGUCGGCCCGUUGGGGAAACACUCAUGUCAUUUGAUCAAGUAUUUUGAGGCAAUUGAAGGAGUCAAGAAAAUAAAAGAUGGUUAUAAUCCAGCCACAUGGAUGUUGGAAGUGACAACAGAAGCCCAAGAAGCAGAUUUGGGAUCCAACUUCAGUGAUAUAUAUAAGAACUCAGAACUAUACAAGAGAAACAAAGCAAUGAUUAUGGAAUUGAGUGAACCUAUCCCUGGUUCAAAAGACCUUCAUUUCCCUACUCAGUACUCCCAGUCUUUCUUCACCCAGUGUGUAGCUUGCCUUUGGAAACAACAUUGGUCAUACUGGAGGAACCCACCAUAUAAUGCAGUUAGGCUCUUCUUCACAACUAUCAUAGCUCUGAUUUUGGGGACAUUGUUUUGGGACCUUGGAUCUAGAAGCCAAAGGCAACAAGAUAUCUUCAAUGCAACAGGUUCUAUGUAUAUUGCUAUUGUUUUCCUUGGGAUGACAAAUGCCUCCUCAGUACAGCCAGUUGUUGCCAUUGAACGAACAGUUUUUUAUAGAGAGAAAGCUGCUGGAAUGUAUUCAGCUUUGCCAUACGCCUUUGCCCAAGUAAUAAUUGAGCUUCCAUAUAUCUUCAUGCAGGCUAUAAUAUAUGGGGUUAUAGUAUAUUCAAUGAUUGGAUUUCACUGGACAGUUGCUAAGUUCCUUUGGUAUCUAUUCUUCAUGUACUUCACAUUGUUAUACUUCACCUUUUAUGGCAUGAUGGCGGUGGCCAUGACACCCAACCAAUACAUUGCUUCUAUAGUUUCAACAGGAUUCUAUUCAUUAUGGAAUAUUUUCGCAGGGUUUAUAAUUCCAAGAAUGAGGAUUCCUGUGUGGUGGAGGUGGUACUACUGGAUGAACCCUGUUUCUUGGACAUUGUAUGGAUUGGUGGUGUCACAGUUUGGAGAUAUACAGGAAAAGCUUGAAUCAGGCAUCACAGUUGAAGGUUUUGUGAGGAGCUAUUAUGGAUUUAGACAUGAGCUUCUAGGAGUGGUUGCCAUUGCGAUUGUUGGGUUCCCUGUGCUUUUCGCAUUCAUAUUUGCUUUUUCAAUAAAGGCGUUUAACUUCCAGAGAAGAUAAGAAGCCUCAAGUGAUU